AGAGCUUCCAUUCCUUUGUCUCUCGGAUACAUAUACCCCGGGCCAUCUCUUGAGCCUCGACUGCGCGGUAACUGCAUCGUACGACAGGCCACCCAGUGCCACCGUUCUCAAGCUCAUCACGGUCGCGCUUCGGGUCUGAAUUCGGCUUUGGCCGCACUUCCUUGUUGGUUGCCAAGUGUGACAGUGCGGAAGAUUGUUCGUGUUCCAUAUACCCAUCAAGUUCACUGUUUACAGUCUAUCCAAACUACGGGAACUACCAGGACAUAUACCCCGAAACAGACGACACCCGACACGAUAUCGCUGUCGAACUGUAUAGCGACUGCAUCUUUGUUGACAGUAACCUCUAACUCGGCGACUACGUCAGCCUCUCGGUCUUUGACUCUCUCUUUCGUUUCCUUUGUCUACUACGUCUCUUUUCGCCAUGGCGCAGUCUAUAUACCGCCCCGGAACGCCUGUGUGGCUUGUAGAUAGGGAGCAAGGAUGGCUUCCCGGGGAAGUGAAAUCGUUCUCCACAACGGACAACGGUCUUCCCGUUGUUUUGGUCAAGAACGAGGAUGGACAGGAAAUCACUCUGAAAGCGACCUUCAAGGACGCUACUGCGGAGGAAGGAGGCCUACCACCACUGCGUAACACCGCAGAGUUCAGGACUAUCAAGGACUUGACGCGUCUACCGCAUCUCAACGAGCCCUCGAUCCUCGAGGUCAUCCGCAACCGCUACGCUGAUCAAUGCCUCUAUACGUACAGCGGCAUCGUCCUUAUUGCUGUCAACCCUUUCUCGGACAUGUCCGCGUACUAUGCGCCGGACGUCAUUCGGUCGUACAUCGGCCGCAACAGAGACGAGCUCGACCCGCAUUUGUUCGCUGUGGCGGAAGAGGCGUUUUCGACUAUGGACAGAACAGGAAAGGCGCAGAGUAUCAUUGUUUCCGGCGAGAGGCAUGUCAAGCUAGCCAAGUACAUCAUGCGGUAUCUAGCUUCGGUCCAUGCGCGCGAGUCCUUGGGCCCUCACACGAGCGGCGUCUCCAUUGAGCAGCAAAUCCUGGCCACGAAUCCGAUUCUCGAAGCCUUUGGCAAUGCCAAGACCGCUCGUAACGACAACUCGUCGCGUUUCGGCAAGUAUAUUCAGAUCCUCUUCGACGCCCACCAGCACAUCGUCGGCGCCCGGAUACGCACCUAUCUCCUCGAGCGCUCCCGCGUGACCUUCCAGCAGUCUGCCGAGCGCAACUACCACAUCUUCUACCAGCUCUGUGCCGGUGCAAACGACGAGGAGCGCCAGGAUUUGGGCCUGGAUGCGGACGUCACCGGCUUCCGCUACCUCUGCGGGAUGCCCUCCGAUCCCACGCAAACCUCCUAUGCUCAGGACUUUGCAGCGACCUGUGAAGCUCUCGAAGUCAUCGGGAUCGACGCGGCGAAGCGGCAGGCGAUCUUCCAGCUGCUAGCCGGGCUAUUGCACAUGGGCAACAUGACCAUCCGCUCGAAGCGCGACACCAAGGACGCGACGAUGGACGAGGAGGAUGCGGCGUUGCUGCGAGCGGCUCAGCUACUGGGUAUCGACGCGAAGGGCUUCUCAAAGUGCACGACUACGAAGCAAAUUGACGCGCGCGGCGAGAAGUUCUCUGCGGCAAGGACGGUGGCGCAGGCAGCGGGGGUGCGUGAUGGUGUGGUGCAGUACAUCUACUCGUGCCUCUUCAACUGGCUGGUGGCGCGUGUCAACGAGGGCCUUUCGAGUGGCAAAGAGGAUCUCGAGGCCACGUUCAUCGCAGUGCUCGAUAUCUACGGGUUCGAGCAGUUCGAGAAGAACUCCUUCGAGCAGUUCUGCAUCAACUACGCGAACGAGAAGCUACAGCAGCAGUUCCUCUCGCACGUCUUCAAGCUCGACCAGGCCGAGUACGUCGAAGAGGGCAUCCCCUGGAACGCCAUCGAGUUCCCCGACAACCAGCCCUGCAUCUCCCUCAUCGAGGGCAAGAUCGGCAUCAUCUCCCUCCUCGAUGAGGAGUCGCGCCUCGCCGCCGGCACCGACACGACCUUCGUCGACAAGCUGAACAGCCAGCUCAAGACGCCGGCGAACAAGGCCGUCUUUAAGGACCACCUGCACGGAAACACGGCGUUCAAGAUCGUGCAUUAUGCGGGGGAUGUGGCGUAUUCGGUCGAUGGGUUUCUGGAAAAGAACCGCGGGAUUGUGCCGGAGGAGCAUCUGGCGCUACUUGCCGAGUCGACGAAUGAGUUUUUGAGGGAGGUGCUGGAGGAUGGGACGGUGUCGGCGGGGGUGGAGUCGGCUGCGGGCAAGGAUGACGCCAGCAGUGUCGUCGCGGCGCCGAAGAAGGGCUCAAACAGAAAGCCGACCCAGGCAUCCGUCUUCAAAUCCUCCCUCAUCCUGCUGAUGCGCACGCUCGACCAGACCGACAUGCACUACAUCCGCUGCAUCAAGCCGAACGAGGACAAGCAACCGUGGGAGUUCCAGAAUGCCCAUGUUUUGGACCAGCUUCGCGCCUGUGGUGUGCUGGAGACCGUCAAGAUCAGUCGCGCCGGAUACCCCUCUCGCAUGACCUACGAAGAGUUUGCCGCGCGGUACGUUAGAGACUUUAGUGUCGGUCCAGACUCGUACUCAUGCGAUCACCAGCUAUACCCUUCUUCUCCCGCGCCAUGUCACGCGACCCUACCUGCGCGACCCUCAACGCCUCACGACCGUCAUCCUGCAGAGAACGGUAGGAGGAGGCGAUAA